AUGACGAAAUUUACUGUACCAUUGGUCUGCGAUACCUAUUGCAUACAGCGCGCUUACCCGCUUAAUGACGGGUAUGUGUUCGUAACGCUGACGAGCGCUAACAAAACUGCGAAUGGAACAUUGGUCGAUUGGAGUGGGCGGAUAUUACAAAGUGACAUGCUACUUACCGAUGUUCCUGUCGACGGUAAAUCACCACCACUUGCAAAAACGAAUGCCAACGUGAAUGAGAAUUUUCUUGUGGCAACUAGAGAUGGUAAUACGGUUUUAUGGAAAAUUUUUAGCGCCCCCAAUAACACGGGUCAAAUAACCCAAUUGUAUGGAGGCAGUAUCACGGGAAAUGAUGACAACCUUCUGGUCGAUCACGAAAUCGUUCCUACGACAGAAGGCGGUUAUGGGAUAGCCAUUUUAAAACGUAUCCCAACAUCCACUCAGGAUCCACUCAGCUCUCCUCCGCAAUGGUUUUUUACGGCCGCUGGAUCUGUUGUGAAGGAAGUAAUUGGAAUACGGCAGCUGCCGUAUGGCGGAUUUAUGACGGUCGAAGUGAACACCGGGUCACCUUAUGAGGCAUCUCUUGCCGAGCUCAUCCCCAUCGAUCCGUCACGUAUAACCACCAACAAACGCAGCCAACCUGAUCCCAAUGCACCAGCUCGUCAGAUAUUGUUUUCAGUCACUCUCAAGUCGUCUGACGAUAUGUCACAGAGAACAGUGCAUCAGAUUAUUGAUGAUCUCGACGAGCUAAUUAAGAAUAAAGGUUAUACUUCGUUUUCGCAAGAGUAUCCUACUAGCUACCUAGAUGAAACGUUUGGGUUUUUACCUGUUGCCAAUUUGUGGGACGCUUGCAAAUUUAAAUUCAUUGGAGUGCUCAUCGGUCUCUUAAUAUUAGCAAUAUUAUAUUUUUGCGUGAGACAGAAGUAUCCAGAGGGUCAAAGCUUUUUUAUCGUAAAACUUGCGCUAAUAAUCGCAGACUUGAGUCUUUAUUUAGCAUUCGUACUGUCAAGUGCAAAGAAGGUUUCACAGACACAUACACCAAGGCGUUUAACAGUCUCACAUGAUAUUAUUCCAUUCUUGUCAUUUGUAAUGAGUUCUGCUGCCUUGACUUCUAGUAUUGUUGGACAUAUUUAUGAUGGAUAUAUAAAAUUGAAAGAAAAAAGACAAGGCCACAGUAUACCAGAAGAUGAAAAACACAUCACUGAUACUGAUGAUUUACAGGAGGCUGAAUGA